AUGUCCAUCGCGAGUGCCGGCACGAAUAUGGUCUCUAUGUUGAUCCCCGGUGGUGGCCUUCUAGGGGCCGUUGGAUCAGCUACCGGUUUUUUCGCGAUUUGCGCAGUUUGUGGUAUCUGCCUCAGCCUACGAUGGUGCUUCGUGAAAUUAAAGCAGUGCUGGCGAGGUUUUGAUAUUCGAGCCGUUUGUGGUAUGGACAAGCUCUUCCUGGCAUGGGGCAUUGACAAGUACCCGAGCUUUCCUAUUACGGUCACUAUUCACUCGGCAAAGGACUUCAGGAAUACGUCACUCCUGGGGUCAGCUAAUCUCUAUGUUGUGGUGGAGGCAAAUGAGAAAACUCAUAAGCUCCGCUGA